CGCGUCGCUCACUCGUCUACUACUCUUUUCUUCAUCAAUACAGCUGAAAACGUAUCUACUUUCAUACUUCUGCGCCAGGUUUCGCAUCAGUUUUUCGCAUGCAUUUUUGUCAUGAGCUUAAUCUAUCAUGUAUAUGGAGUUACUUACGAUUUCGUGCUUAGUUGCGUCUGAACUUAUUCCCGUAAUUUAUGGCCAUGCUCAUAAUCUGCUUUCACGUUCUUAGCUGCAUAGUCGAAGUUUAGGCUCAUGCGUUUUACCGCCAUGCAUACUGGUUCCCAAGAAUUUCAUGCUUUUAGGACUAUUAAUAAUUAGACUGAACAAGACAGAUGGCGCGUUUAUUUUCGGCAUACAGAGCACACUGCUCCACCUUGUGAGUAUGAUUAUUGUGGUAGCGUGGUCAUUCACUAGUGUAUAUAAGCAACUACUAUUAUGAACAAGAUGAUACGCGAAGGAUUUUCAUAUUACUAGUUCUUGAACAUGAUCAUGAGCAGAAGUCACCGCUCCUGCUGCGAGUAACUCGAGACUACGAGAAGAAGGAGCAUGGUCAUGACUGAUCAAGAACUAUCAUACUUUUAGGGUCGUGGACUUGCUAAUGGCAGUAGAGAUGUGAUCAUCAUGGACGACCCACCUUGAGAAAGUCACUAUAAUUAUAGAUGCGUCAUCAGCUG